UUGAGCUCCGAAACGCGGCGAAGAAAACACAAGAAGAGCCGCGAUUGUAGCGGCAGCAGAGCGGAGGGCUGGCUUCACUCUCCAUGGUUCUCAUGUGCUUGAUAAGUCCCGCCUCCCGCGCGAAGCUCCGACAUGCUCAGUACGAAGCUCACGCGCAGACAUGGCAGAAGAAGCUCCCGCAGCUGCACCGGCGAAAGCCCCGGCCAAGGCUCCCAAGAAGAAGUCCGCUCCCCGGGCUAAGAAGGACGGACCCAGCCUCCCUAAGCUCAUCGUCGCCUCGGUGACAGAGUCGAAGGAGCGCAAGGGGACGUCGCUGGCGGCCAUAAAGAAAUACCUGACCGCCAAAAAUGUGGACGUACCCAAGGCCAACAAACGUAUCAACACCGCCGUCGCCAAGCUGGUGGAGAAAGGCCUUCUCAGUCAGGUGAAGGGCACCGGGGCUUCCGGUUCCUUCAAGCUUGCUAAGAAAGAACCGAAAGUCGCGAAACCAGCGAAGAAGAAGGCUGUCAAACCCGCGAAGAAGGCUCCCGCCAAAGCCAAGAAGCCCGCGGUGAAGAAAGUGGCCACCCCGAAGAAAUCUCCGGCUAAGAAGGCUGCGAAGAAAGUGGUGAAGAAGAGCCCCAAGAAGGCUGCUCCCAAGAAGCCCAAAGCGGCAGCCAAGAAGCCCAAGUCCCCCGCUAAGAAGGCCGCCCUGAAAAAGCCCAAGACCGCCAAGAAGCCCGCAAAGAAAACUGCGCCAAAGAAGGCCAAGAAGUAA